UUUUUUUUUUCUUGUCACGCAAACUUCCUGGGCAGGAACUCCAAGGGCUCAGUGGGCAGGAAGGAGGGUCCUUAAAUACGUCCCCUCUUGGCUGUUGCUGUUCCAGGAGCCCGGGUUACCAGGAGAGGCUGUGUCAAAGGCACCAUGAGCAAGAUCAGCGAGACCGUGAAGCGCGCCCGCGCCGCCUUCAGCUCGGGGAGGACCCGCCCGCUGCAGUUCCGGAUCCAGCAGCUGGAGGCGCUGCGGCGCCUGAUCCAGGAGCGCGAGCAGGAGCUGGUGGGCGCGCUGGCCGCAGACCUGCACAAGAACGAAUGGAACGCCUACUAUGAGGAGGUGGUGUACGUCCUGGAGGAGAUAGAGUACAUGAUCCAGAAGCUCCCUGAGUGGGCUGCGGAUGAGCCGGUGGAGAAGACGCCCCAGACUCAGCAGGACGAGCUCUACAUCCACUCGGAGCCUCUGGGCGUGGUCCUCGUCAUCGGCACCUGGAACUACCCCUUCAACCUCACCAUCCAGCCCAUGGUGGGCGCCAUUGCUGCAGGGAACGCGGUGGUCCUCAAGCCCUCGGAGCUGAGUGAGAACAUGGCGAGCCUGCUGGCUACCAUCAUCCCCCAGUACCUGGACAAGGAUCUGUACCCAGUCAUCAAUGGGGGUGUCCCUGAGACCACAGAGCUGCUCAAGGAGAGGUUCGACCACAUCCUGUACACAGGCAGCACGGGGGUGGGGAAGAUCGUCAUGACGGCUGCUGCCCAGCACCUGACCCCUGUCACGCUGGAGCUGGGAGGGAAGAGCCCCUGCUACGUGGACAAGAACUGUGGCCUGGACGUGGCCUGCCGACGCAUCGCCUGGGGGAAAUUCAUGAACAGUGGCCAGACCUGCGUGGCCCCGGACUACAUCCUCUGUGACCCCUCGAUCCAGAACCAAAUUGUGGAGAAGCUCAAGAAGUCACUGAAAGAGUUCUAUGGGGAAGAUGCCAAGAAGUCCCGGGACUAUGGAAGAAUCAUUAGUGCGCGACACUUCCAGAGGGUGAUGGGCCUGAUUGAGGGCCAGAAGGUGGCUUAUGGGGGCACCGGAGAUGCGGCCACUCGCUACAUAGCCCCCACCAUCCUCACGGACGUGGACCCCCAGUCCCCAGUGAUGCAGGAGGAGAUCUUUGGGCCUGUGCUGCCCAUCGUGUGCGUGCGCAGCCUGGAGGAGGCCAUCCAGUUCAUCAACCAGCGCGAGAAGCCCCUGGCUCUCUACGUGUUCUCCAGCAACGACAAGGUGAUUAAGAAGAUGAUUGCAGAGACAUCCAGCGGUGGGGUGACGGCCAACGAUGUCAUCGUCCACAUCACCUUGCACUCUCUGCCCUUCGGGGGAGUGGGGAACAGUGGCAUGGGGUCCUACCACGGCAAGAAGAGCUUUGAGACCUUCUCUCACCGCCGCUCUUGCCUGGUGAGGUCUCUGAUGAAUGAUGAAGCCCUGAAAGUCAGAUACCCCCCGAGCCCGGCCAAGAUGACCUGGCACUGAGGAGGGGCUGCUCCGCCUGGCCUGGCCACACUGUGUCCCAUUGGAGUGCAGACCACUGUCGCUGGCUCUCCUGGCCCUGGGAGAGUCGCUCCUGCAGCCCCAGCCCAGCCCCAUUCUUCUGCUGACCUGCUGUCCUGUGCAUACCCCACUCCCACAUGGGCCUGGGCCUCACCACUCCAAGUCCCCACCCCAUUCUAGACCAAUAAAGAGAUGAAUACAAUUUUCUAACUCAGCAAA